ACAAAACUAUAAUACUCUCCUUAGCAACAUUGUUGCGAGAGUAUAAAAAAAACAGUGGAUAUAAUUUUAUCGCUCCUCUGCGUAAUUGUUAUUUCCUGGUAAAAAAUCGGGUAUCAGUAAAGAACGGCAACAAAUUCAUUAACGCUCGCAAAAACGAGAACUAGAGAAAAUAUGAUUUAAAGCCAACACGCGCACGAACCAACGAUGAUAGGACAACAUUCAACCGAAGUAGAAACUUUUGCUGUCGGCACACACUAAGCAACAAUAUGGGAAAAUAAUGUGUAAAAGUGGGAUGGCUAUAUGCUUCACGCGCGACUGUACCAGCGAAUUGACAAAAGCUAAUAGCAAAACUGUACUUUUUUAUAUCGGGCAACCACACACAUCGGUGAAUAAAUACGGACGUUGCGCGGGUAAUGAAUCACGUAGGCUUAAAUUCUGUGUGAAGCACCUUUAUUGGGUUGGGUGUAGGUGAAAUUGCAGUUACAUUUGAAAAUAGAAAAUGUCUCGUGCUGGAAUUUGAAAUUGAAGGGAAUCACAGCUGGUAAGCUUGUCCACUAGCCACCGAUAAAAUAAUCAAAUAUAAACAGUGUGGGCGCUGUUAUCAAAACUAGUAUUGCAUUGAUUUUUAUGGUCGCCGGUAGUGCCAUAAACCGGUGAUAAAAACCAAUGAGAAUUUCGAAAACUAAGAGAAAGAACGAGUGAAAGUGCGAAUAAAGUGAAGUGGCUAUCGAACAAAAAACGACAAUAAUUCAAUUACUUCUAACAAAACAAAAGCAAAGUACAUAAGUGCCACUUGUUGAUUAGUGAUUAGAAAUACGUUUACUUAAAACGAACAAAAAUGCGAAGAAACGAGUUCGAAAACAGCACUUACAAUGCACAAAACACGCCUUCCGCAGCGGUUUAUGUGCAGAAUUCAACUUCCGAUCCCACAGUCAAUCCAUACGAGCGCACAGAGGUGGAAGAUUUGAAUAGCAGUCAGACUAUUGUCACCGAUUCAGAUACAGUUAGCAGCACACAACAACAAUUAAAUCCACUGCGACGCAUUUUCAUAUUGGAACCGCCCAUAUUUCUUCUGAAUUUCGCCACAUCACUAACAUCGGUGGUAUUUACCAAUCAAUUACUUUAUCAGUCCUGCAAAGUUACAUUUGGAUACACCGAAGCCGAAUGCGAGCCAAUGUUGGGCAUUUCAAAUGCAACAAUAAAUCAUGACAUCGAAAAUCAAGUGCAGCCUUAUGUCUCACACAUAAUAUUAGCCAAUUCAUUGGUUUCCAGUAUUAUACCCGCAGUACUAGCGCUUUUUAUUGGCGCGUGGUCGGAUCGUUUCGGACGCCGGCCGGUGCUUUUGAUUUCACUUAUUGGUAUUUUCCUGGGUUAUAUUGUCAGCUUUAUUUUGGCCAUGGUCUCCGCUGAAUCUCCCACUAAUCCAUGGCUGUAUGUUAUCGCACAAAUUCCCGCGGCAGUGACUGGCUCUUCCUGUGCUGUUAUGAUCGUCUGUUACUGUUAUAUCGCCGAUGUGGCGCCACCACAAUUAAAGGGUCUCAAAAUGGUCUUGAAUGAUGCUGCCAUCGGUGCUGGUUCCGUCACCGGCACACUGGCGGGCAGUGCACUCUUCGCACACACUAGCAUGCAAGUCGUAUUUGUCAUUUCGGCAGCAGCAAUACUGCUAGCCUUCGUAUAUAUCUACCGCGUGAACGAGGAGAGUUUGAAGGUGGCGCACACAACGCUGGGUUAUAAACUCUGCCAAUUCUUCAGCAUUAAUCAUGUGAUUGAUCUGGUGCGCACCUGCGUUGCCAGACGUGCCAAUUACAUGCGCACUUUCAUCUGGUUCUCCAUGAUCGCUUUGAUCAUAACCAAUUUCACAACGUCUGGUGAGGGCAACGUAUUCUACUUGUUCUUGCGCGCCAAAUUCGAUGUGACCGUGAGCCAGUACAGUGACUACAAUUCGAUUAGCGAUGCCAUACAAAUUAUCGGUGGCAUUAUUGCUGUUAUUGCAUUCAGAAAGUAUUUGCGGCUGUCUGUCGUCAGCAUGGCCAUGCUCUCGCUCCUCUCCGCGGUUGGUGAGAGCACAGUGCGUGCCGCCGCGCAGCAGUUUUGGGAAAUGUACCUCGCCACGGCGCUGGGCUUCAUGUCGGGCAUUAUUGCACCCAUGUUGCUGACAAUACUCGCCUUCGUCACGCCCACAAACGAAACCGGCAAGGUGUUCUCCGUCACUACUGCGCUGCAGACAAUCACACCGCUCGGCGCAUCGCCGCUUUAUACGAGUGUUUACGAUGCCACACUCUCCUCCUAUCCGGGCAUGUUCAAUAUUAUCAGCGCGUUGUUGUAUUUGCUUAGUUUUGUGCUCGUUACUGUGAUAUUAAUAGUAUCGAAACGCAAGGCGAUUACCGUUAGUCCUCCAAUUCCAUCCAGAGUAUAA